UCGGGCCGACGCUGUUCCGGCGUCAAAACUUCACCUCUCACCGGCGCACUUAUAACCCGACCGUAUCGCUAACACACUGCACCAAACCCGUACGGAUCGUGUCGUUUCUCGUCUCCGCCGACAUCGCGACCGAAGCACUGCGCUCCAGAAGACUGUGACGACGUUCGCUGACCACCAGCGACAUACACAUACACACGUAUAUAGACUCCUCCGCGACCAUAACCAUGGUCGGUACAAGACACUUGGUAUUUUUGGCCGUGUACUCCCUGUGCGCGCAAUCGUCGUCCGCCUCUCCUGUCUACCAAGAGGACGACGACCACUACGACGGGCACCUCCACGAACACCAUCACGGACCACCGCCAGCCACGUCGUACGCUACCAUAUCGACGACGCACGUCAAAGUGCAACACCCGCAGGCAGCGCCCACAAAAUACGCGACGCCGUACAAACAAGAGUAUUUGACUCAACCGCAAGUGGCGUACAAGUAUAUAUCACUGCCAUCGGCCGUCGCCUUACAGCAAUCUGGUAAAUUCGAAGAGCCAUCCACAUCGGGCUACAAAUACCUGGCUGCGUCGCCCACAUACAAGUACGUACAACCACCGGCGGUGACCACCGAACCAGAAGCUGCGGAAGAACCGACCAACUCGUUGAAGUAUGCGCUCAAAUACGAACAAAAUUCGUUCAAGCAAGAACAGGAACAGCAGCAACAGUUGCAACAGCAAUUUCAGCAGCAAGAAUACGAACAGCCGGCUGUCCAGUACAAGUACAUAGCCGUGCCGUCGUAUAAGUACGUGCAACAAGUGGCCGCGGAACCAGAAUACGGUCAGCACCAUCAACAACAGCAACAGGUUGCUAGUUCUUACGACUACACUGAUGACAAGCAAUAAUGAAUAACUAUAGUAAAUUCUAAUACCGGCGAUUUUGUUAAAUCCCAAUACCUAGGCAAUAGCGUAGUGAACUCAAAAAUUGUCAGAAGCGAUCAUAUUUUUUUUAUCCGAUAUCGCCACUUGAAAUUGCUAAACAUUAUAGCUUUAAGACGUAUCAGCUGCAGUUUACAACAACCCACAACCGAUAAUACACAAAUGUAUGACGCUCACUUGAAAAAAACUUUUUAGUCGCCUCUCAAAUAUACCUCCUUCGCUAUGCUAUUGCCUAUAAUUACCUGCGAUGUAUCAAGUCUCUCACUUAUUUUAGCCCACCACUUCGAUCUACAUUCUUACGAAAUAAAUAAUAUUAUUUGUACAUUUUUCAUUUUUAUGAAUGAUCAUUAAAAAAAAAAAUUUAAUCUUAGGUUAGUAUGUAGUAUAACUAUUUUGUUUAAUCGCGCAGCGACCAUCUCUGCCUCUUCAUCUUUCUUUCUGUGCCGUCCGUUAAAUCAUGCCAAUGAUUAUGUUAAGUAUGUAUUAUUGUAUUAUUUUCUGUAUGCGUACCUAAACAUGGUAUCUUACCAUAUUUUACGCGUCCCUCUACAAAUUUAGAGAUUUAAUUGCUUGUUAUAUUAUGUAAUACAAAUACAAUUACAUUUUGUACUUUAAUUAUAGUAUAUUUUUUUUAUGUAUAAUAUUUACAUAAUAUGUUUACACUAUAAUAAAUGCAGUGUUUACGAUUAUAUAUAAAUA